ACUGAAUUAUACGGGAUUUGUCAUUAUCUAUGGCGGCCCAUUCGCAAAGUCUACAACCUCCGCACUUGUUUUUCUCCAGAAAUUCUUCGUCUCGUUCAACAAAUGCACUUACAACUUCUAGACAGCUUUUGCCGCCUUCGAUGUACACAAUGAAGCGAAAGACGACGGAAGAACCGUGGAGUUCCCUGGCAAGAACAACCAACGACAUACUCGAAUUGAAAGAAAAAAAUCAGAGACUGAGGCGUGAAUUAGAGGAUUUGCGAGCUGCAGAGAGACGCCACGACAGUGACAUUGAUGCUAGACGAAGCCUGUUGUCUGCAGCCGAAUCAAAAGCUCAACGUUUGGAAAGACAGCUGGUCGCUAGUGCAGAAGAGAGAAGGGACAUUGUGAGUGACAUGGAGACACGUUUCAGGAAGAGAGAGGAGGAUUUGCUGGAGGAAAUAAGGCAGCAAAACUUGCAGUUAGAAGAAACGAGGGAGGAGAGGAUGAGAAGUGUGACAAUGUUAGAGAGAAAGUUGGAAGAAGAACGUGGAAGUCACCAGGCAAUGGUAAGUGAAUGGCAGACGACUCUGGCUACAAACCAGCAACGGUGUGAGCAAGAAAUUGAAGAGACAAAGCAGCUGAGUGAAAGGAAAGGGAAAGAAUUGGACAGCAACAUUGAACGGCUAGAGGAAGAGCUAAGACGUUGUAAUUGUGAACUGGAAGACGAACGGCAGACUGUUCAGCAACUUCGUUCUUACAUUGGUACUUCACUACCUUCAGCUACCGAUAAUAACAAUGUUGCUAGUGUAUUAGAAGAAGAAAAUGCUACUUUGAAAAUUCAACUGCAGAAAUCAGAGGUAGAAACUGAUAGCUUCAGAUCUACAGUUGAACUGCUAAAUGUUCGACUGGCAUCUCUGAGUGAAAUCGUCAAUAUCCAGCAGUCGGAACUAUCUAAGAGUACCAAUUUCAUGAUGGGAGAAGAGAACAAAAUGCAAACCUUGUUGACGAAAUGGAGAGAGAAGGUGUUCGCUUUAUUAGUACAACAGAAAAGUCGAGAAAUAGAAGCUUCACAGAGACGAGCAAAAUCGGAGAAAGAACUAUCUGAGAUGUUGAAAGAAGUGCGAGAAUUGCAAACAGAAUGUGAGGUACAGAAGCAUUCUUUAGCCGACAGAACAGCACAACUUGAAUUACAAAGGCACCAGACGCAGAAACUUGAAGACAGUUCGAAAACACUGCAAGAGGAGAAUGCUUCUUUGACUUGCCAGAGAGAUACUGCUAUACGAUCACUUAAUGACAUAAAGCAGCAAUGUCAAAGUUUGUUUGAGUGGCUAACUGACAGGCAGUCGGCAAUACAGUGUGCAUCAGUGAAGUUGCAAUCAAUAGAACAGCGAGUUGUGUUUGCAACAGGACGAAUUUCAUUGUUGAGAGGUCUUUAUAAUCGGCAAGAAGCUGUAUGGAAGAGCAGAAUGAAUGCUGUAUUAUCCAACCAGUCUAACCAGUUGCCUGAGUCAACAAAUGAUGAGACAAGCGAUGAGGCAAGUGAUGAUACUGCACUCACCUUGGUUCCUGUUGAUCAUUUGAGGAGUGAAGUGGUACGAUUAACAAGUGAACGAGACUCGUUGUUAUUGAGAUUGGAAGAGGAUGCCGCUCAUUUAGAAGAGAGGCUGCAAUCAGUUAGAGAACAAUAUGAAACACAGCUGCAAGACAAAACAUUUGAGUCUAAUCAUUUCAGAAAUUCUCUGACUGAAGAACGCAUUCGAACUUCUAAUUUGGAAAGCGAGCUGGAGGAGUCCAGAACGUCAGUUGUUGAAUUGCAGCAAUCUCUCGCAAGCUUUCAGUCAGACAUGACUAACAGAAUGGCAUCAUCUGAAAAAAAAUAUGAAGAAUCACUUAGGGAAGCCAAACUAGCACAUGCAGAGCAGCUGUCUGAUGUCGUGACCAAGUUACAGACCUCAGAGGCUGAGUUGACGAAGACCGCUGCUGAGCUGUUCCACAUCAAACGGCAGACUGUAAGAGAUACUGAAAGAACCAAGGAACAGUUUGAACUACAAAUAGAAGAAUUAGAGCGUCAACUGAGACUGACACAAGACAAAUUACGAAGUGUUCAAUCAGAGAAAAAUAUUUUGGUGACAACAUUGAAACAGGAAGAACUCAGUUCUCGCAGUAGUCAUAUCAAAGAGUCUAGGGUUUUGUCUUCCAGAGAGAAUAUUGGAGAUAGUAGGGAACAAGUAGAAGUACAUCAACCAGAGGAUGUAAGAGUUCUCUUGGGCCAGCUGCAGUCAUUGUCUUCUGAACUUCGAAGAAUAGACGUCGAAGUACGAGACAAAGCGACGUGAGUUUGAUUCAUCGACGUGUUAUAUUAUUCAUUCUUAGUUUACGUGAUUUUAACUCAAAACAGAUUGUACAUUUGAACUAUUACUACACAAGUUGAUCGUAAUAGAUUGACAAAUACAGUUUAGUACUUUGCGGUAUUGCUACUUUCAAAUCGAGCAUUACAGUCCUCCUUGCA